UCUCUCACUCAUGUACAUUCCCAGAGAGACUCUCCCACUGCUGCUAGGAUGAGUGUCUCUCAGGAGAGAGAGGAGGCUGCAGGUCCCAGUAAAACACCCAGACCAGAGUCUGCAGCACACAGCUGUGUGCAACAAAGCAGCAAAGCAACACACUCUGAUGGAGGUCCAGAGGAGAAGGAGAGGAAGAGGAAGAGGAAGAGAAAGAGGUCCCCCUCCCCUACAACCAGCUCUGUGUCCAUGAAGAGAUCUUGGGGUCGGCCACAAGGGAGAGACUCUUCUACUGAACCGAUGGUGCACACUAGAUCUAACCAGAGGCCUCCCUCCCCUACACCCACCUGUGUGUCCAUGAAGAGUGAUCAGUCCACAGGUCGAAUAAUCAACUUUACAGGAGGAGACUCUUCUACUGGACAGAUGGUGCACACUAGAUCUAACCAGAGGCCUCCCUCCCCUACACCCACCCGUGUGUCCAUGAAGAGUGAUCAGUCCACAGGUCGAAUAAUCAACUUUACAGGAGGAGACUCUUCUACUCAACAGAUGGUGCACACUAGAUCUAACCAGAGGCCUCCCUCCCCUACACCCACCCGUGUGUCCAUGAAGAGUGAUCAGUCCACAGGUCGAAUAAUCAACUUUACAGGAGGAGACUCUUCUACUCAACAAGUAAGAUCUGCUCCUGAGGAGGGGGGUGCUGCCUCUAACACCAGUCUCUCUGAGGAACAAUACACCAGCCAUGGGGGUACCAGAUUUCAGCAGAUCCACAAAUCCCACCUGCAGAAGAAGUUUAAGUGUCUGAUUGAGGGAAUCCCACAGCAGGGAGACACCAGACUACUCCACAAGAUCUACACAGACCUCUACAUCACAGAGGGGGGAAGAGGAGAGGUCAAUGAUGAACAUGAGGUCACGCAGAUAGAGAGGGCAUCCUGGAGAGAAGCAGCACAAGGCAGGCCCAUCAAAUGCAGUGACAUCUUUCAAGGCUUACCAGAAGAGGACAGACGCAGAAAAGAACGCUUCCCGAAAGAGGAAAGACUCAGAAAAGAACGCUUUCUGGUCGAAGAAAGCCACAGAAAAGAAGUGGCAAAAAGGAAGAGCACAGUGUUUCAGCCCAAACAAUACAAACCUAAACAAUACAAACCCCUCAGAACUGUGCUGACAAAGGGAGUGGCUGGCAUCGGAAAAACAGUCUCAGUGCAGAAGUUCAUUCUAGACUGGGCUGGAGGAACAGCCAGUCAGGAUGUCCACUUCAUAUUUCCUCUUUCUUUCCGGGAGCUGAACCUGAUGAAGGAGAAGAAACUCAGUCUCGUGGGUCUUAUUCAGCACUUUUUCCCAGAAAUCAAAGAUCCCAGAGUCAUUUGUAGUUCAGAUCACAGAGUCAUGUUCAUCUUUGAUGGUCUGGAUGAGUGUCGAUUUCCUCUAGAUUUCCGCUCCAAUCCAACCAGUUGUGAUGUGACAAAGCCAGCUUCAGUGGAUGUGCUGCUGACAAACCUUAUCAAGGGGGAUCUGCUUCCUUCUGCUCUCCUCUGGAUCACCACCCGACCAGCUGCAGCCAAUCUAAUCCAUUCGGAGUGUCCACACCAGGUGACAGAAAUAAGGGGAUUCAAUGACCCACAGAAAGAUGAGUACUUCAAGAAGAGAAUCAGUGAUGAGAACCUGGCCAGCAGAACCAUCACACACCUGAAGUCAUCCAGGAGCCUCUACAUCAUGUGCCACAUUCCAGUCUUCUGCUGGAUUUCAGCCACCGUUGUAGAGAAAACUUCAAAUGAAUCAGACAAAGUAGAAAUGCCAAGGACUCUGACUCAAAUGUACUCACACUUCCUGGUCAUUCAGACAAGCAUUAAAGAUGUCAAGUACACACAGAGAAAAGAGAGAAAUGAAGAGGUGAUUUUCAAACUGGGGAAACUGGCUUUCCAACAGCUGGAGAAAGGCAAUCUGAUCUUCUAUGAGGAAGACCUGAGAGAGUGUGGCAUUGACAUCACAGAAGCAUCAGUGUACUCAGGAGUGUGUACUCAGAUCUUCAGAGAGGAGGCUGGGCUGUACCAGGGGAAGGUGUUCAGCUUUGUGCAUCUGAGCAUCCAGGAGUUUCUUGCAGCUCUGUAUGUGUUCCUCUGCUUCAGCAACAGACAGAGAAACAUGCCUGACCAACAGCAAAGCUCUCAGCUCUCUGCUCUGUUCAGAGCUGCAACACUUUAUGACCUACACAAGACUGCAGUGGACCUGGCCUUACAGAGUAAGAAUGGACAUCUGGACCUUUUCCUCCGCUUCCUUCUGGGCCUCUCACUGGAGUCCAAUCAGAAUCUCUUAAAGCACCUACUGCCACAGAGUAGCAGCCAAUCAGAUAGCUCAGAGCAAACAGUCCAGUAUGUCAAACAGAAGAUCAGAGAUCAGAGUAGCUCAGACAGAAGGAUCAACCUGUUCUACUGUCUGAAUGAGCUGAAUCACCAUGCUGUAGUGGAACACAGAAAGAGGUCACUAGAGCUACAUGUAGAGACACUCUUACCGGGACAGUGGGAAACUGACACAUGGAAGUUUAAGAUGUCAGGAGAACACAUGGCUGAGUUUGACCUGCAGAAGUACAUAAAGACACCAGAGGAAGACCAGACUGAACUCCUCAGUCCAGAGGAAGUUCUCGUGAAGGUGCUGCCAGGAGUCACAUCAGCUCUGCUGAGUAGCUGUAAACUGACCGAUAAGAGCUGUUCCUAUCUGGCCUCUGCACUGAAGACAUCACACUCAUCAAAUCUCAGAGUGCUGGACCUGAGUGGCAAUAAGCUGCUGGACUCAGGAGUGGAACAUUUAUGUUCUGCUCUUUGUCAUCACAACUGCAAACUGGAGGAACUACAGCUGUGUGAGUGUAAUCUGACCGAUAAGAGCUGCUCCUAUCUGGCCUCUGCACUGAAGACAUCACACUCAUCAAAUCUCAGAGUUCUGGACCUGAGUCUCAAUAAGCUGCUGGACUCAGGAGUGGAACUUUUAUAUUCUGCUCUUUGUCAUCACAACCGCAAACUGGAGGAUCUACGGCUGGAUAACUGUGGUCUGACCGAUAAAAGCUGUUCCUAUCUGGCCUCUGCACUGAAGACAUCACACUCAUCAAAUUUCAGAGUGCUGAACCUGAGUUACAAUGAGCUGCUGGACUCAGGAGUGGAACAUUUAUGUUCUGCUCUUUGUCAUCAAAACUGCAAACUGGAGGAACUAAGGCUGUAUAGUUGUGAUCUGACCAAUAAAAGCUGUUCCUAUCUGGCCUCUGCACUGAAGACAUCACACUCAUCAAAUCUCAGAGUGCUGAACCUGAAUAGCAAUAAGCUGCUGGACUCAGGAGUGGAACUUUUAUGUGCUGCUCUUUGUCAUCAAAACUGCAAACUGGAGGAACUACGGCUGAUGAGCUGUGGUCUGACCAAUAAGAGCUGUUCCUAUCUGACCUCUGCUCUUAAGUCUUCCUCCUCAAAUCUCACACAGCUGGACCUGAGACAAAAUCCCCAUAUUAGUGCAUCAGCUGUAGAGCUGCUCUGUGCUCUAGUGAAGGACCCACACUGUAAACUGGAGAUACUAGAAACUGAUCAUGGAACAGUAGAGUUUGAGUGUUGAGCCACAGCCCUAAAUCUGGAUGGGGUCUGUGGGGCAGGAACUCAUGACAUGAGGAUGUGAUCCAACACACAUACACACACACACACACACGCAAACAUGGACAUUGAGCAACGUGUGAACUAUAUAUGCAUUACUGACAACUGACUUGGACCCGUC